AUGAUUAACGUGUCCGUUACCAAGAUACGCAGAGCAAAGAGAAAGGCAAAAGAUGAGAUGCUUGGCACGGAUAUGGAGCAAUAUCACCACCUUUGGAGUUAUGCAGCUACAAUUAGAGAGACAAAUCCUGGUAGCACUGUCAAGCUUAAGCUUGAUACAGCAGAAGAAGGUUCACAAGGGACAUUUCAAAGAUUGUAUUACUGUCUUUAUGCUUGCAAACAGGGGUUCCUCGAUGGCUGUCGACCAAUAAUUGGUCUUGAUGGGUGUUUUUUGAAAUCUGCGUUUGGUGGUCAGUUGUUGUCAGCAAUUGGUAGAGAUGGCAAUGACAAUAUGGUUCCAAUAGCUGUAGCAGUGGUAGAGGUAGAGAGGUAUGACUCAUGGAAGUGGUUUCUGGAACUACUAAUGGCUGAUCUGGGACUUGGUAUGGAAAACAUACCCUGGACAUUCAUCUCAGAUCGACAAAAAGGACUGGUCCAUGCAGUGAAUGAGUUAUUUCCAAAUUCUGAAUACAGGUUUUGCUUGAGACAUAUGUACCAAAAUUUCAAACAGAAGUUCAAAGGAAAAGAGUUGAAGGACUUGUUCUGGGCAGCAGCAAGUGCUGGGAAUGAAGUGGACUGGAAAUUAGCAAUGAAUUCCCUUGAAAAAGCUUCAAAGGAUGCAGCUGAAUGGCUACAAAAAGUGCCAAGUGUUUUAUGGAGCAGGUCACAUUUUAGACAAAGUAGCAAAUGUGAUAUUCUUGUGAACAAUCUUUGUGAGUCAUUUAAUAACUAUAUCUUAGAAGCUAGAGAGCUUCCUGUCAUAGGGAUGCUUGAGUGGAUUCGAAGAAGGCCCAUGCAAAGGAUUCAAGUGAAGAGGACUGGUAUGCAGAAAUUUCAAGGAAAAAUAUGUCCUAACAUUGCAGAGAAGAUUGAUAGGAAUCUGAAAUUCAGUAGGCUGUGUAUUCCCACAUGGGAUGGCAAGAACAAAUAUGAAAUUGAUUGUGGGCCUAGAAAAUCUGUUGUGGUGGAUCUGAAGGAAAAGACUUGCACAUGUGGCUAUUUCCAGCUUACAGGUUAUCCUUGUGCUCAUGCAUGUGCUGCAAUAGGAGCACGUAGAUUGCCUUUGCUUGAUUAUGUGAGAUGUGAAGAACAACCCCCAAAACCUCCUGCAGUUCGAAGAAUGCCUGGCAGACCCAAAAAGAUCCGGCAAAGAGCAGCUGACGAGCCUAAAAAGGGUCAAGUCUCAACCAGAAAGGGUCUUGUGGUAACUUGCAAGAGAUGUUUUCAGCAAAGACACAAUUCAAGGACCUGCAAGAAUGCCAUUCAUCCCAACUCUAAAUUCUACAAGGCACCUGACACUAAUGUAGCUGAAUCAAGUUCAGAACUUCAUUCAUCAGCUCCUUCACCAAUGGUACCCCCGCAACCAGUCCCAAAUCAAGAACAAGCUGCACCUGUUCAAAAAAAAAGCUGCAGGCCUGGGAAGCAGUAUACGCAGCCAACAAUUGCGAGUGUAGCAAAAAAUGUGUCUGCUAGACAAUCAUGUUCUCAGCCUGUGAGUGGAACAACUUCACCAGCAAAAGAACCCAUUCGUCCUACUGUUGCUGAUGUUCUAUACAACCUAAGAUCCAAGAAAGCAAGAAGAUGUUAG